AUGUCGUCAGUGUUGGUUGGUUACACAGAUGCUGCUGCAAAUGCAGCCCAAGCAGCUUCACUGAUAAAUAACAGUAAAUAUCGGGCUUAUGUUGCGGCAGUCGAUAAAGCACUGAAAGCUUUUGAAACUACCAAUGAAUGGGCCGACUUGAUCUCAGCUCUAGGAAAACUUAGCCGGGCAUUUCAUGCAAAUGCAAAAUUUGGUGAUAUACCGAAGCCGGUGACUGUGGCAAAACGCCUUUCGCAGUGCCUUCAUCCAGCUCUGCCGCAUGGUGUUCAUCUGAAAGCACUAGAAACUUAUCGACAGCUCUUCGAUAUACUUGGCCGAAAGGAUCUUCCACGUUUGCUAUAUCUUUUCGCUGUUGGACUGUUCCCAUUGAUGGAUCAUUGCGGAAUAAAGGUGAAAUCAGAAUUGUUGAAUAUAUUUGAACAAUAUCUCCUUCCACUGGGUGUUGAACUGAAACCAGCACUUCCCGGUUUUAUCGCUGGUGUCCUGCUUGGCCUCGAAGAAGGAACCGAAUUCUAUGACAGGUCAUUUUCGCUUUUGGAUCGAGUACAGGAUAGCGUUGGUCCGGAAGCUUAUUUUGCAUGCCUUUGGGAAGCGGUCCUUGGUUCGCCAUCUGUUCGUCUUCCAGCACUGAUGUAUGUAAAUGCGAAAUUUAAUCGUCAAAAAAGUAUGCACAAUCAGGAAUAUAUCAUGGGAAAUAAUAUCGAUCACAUGAUAGCCGCUCUUUGCGCAGCAGCAGAUGAUGAUGGUUCAACACUUGUUCAACGUCACUUAUUGGAUUUUUUAUCUUCUGCUUUUCCAUUGAAUUCUGAUCAUCUUGUAAGAGAAGAUUUUGUUCAGCUCCUUAGGCGUUGUCUUUUUUUGGUGCUUCGCAGAGAUAUGAGUUUGAACAGGCGUUUAUAUCAGUGGUUACUGAAUCGUGUUGGUGAUUCAGUUGUUACUGGAUUACCUGUUGCUGGAGUGGAUGAACAGCUUGAUACUACUUUUUUCAUCACUUAUGCACUGCCGAUUGUGAGGAAAGCAAUCGAAGAAUAUUUAAAAUUAGAUACAGUUCAAGUAACUAGUGGUCUUGCUUCCUGGGACGGUACGAAGGAACAUCAAAUGCAGUAUACGGAAGUUCGUGUUGCACGUUUGCUAUUAUAUUUUAUGGAUCGACCUGAACUAGGCUCUCUUUUUCUUGAAGAAACACUGCUACUUUUACUGGAAUCAGCUUCCAAGAAUGAUAUACGUUUGGAAUCGGUUUUAGUAAAGAAGGAGGAAAUAUUAGGUGGAACAAAAAGAUUAUCAACUUCAACAGAAACGAUUAAUGAACAGAGUCGGCGAUUUAGUAUUACGAGCAAAUCCUCUGUCAAUUCACGACAAUCACGAUUAAGCAUUCUAUCAGAAGAGGCUUCCGCAGAACAGGUUAAGCGAUUGGAAGAGUUUGGAAAAACAAUAAAUCUGUUGAUGAAUUCGCUUGACGUUGGGUUUAUUUGGAAUUUUCUGGAACGAAAGCUGAAAUUGUUAAUACAACAAAAGCAAAAGGAGCAACAAAAUGGUACAAUAGAUCCACAUUUGUUAACAAAUGAAGUAAAAAUGUUAAAAGAAGAAGAAGAACGAAGAACUACACAAGAGUUGGCAAAUUUUCCACGGAUAGUAUUAUUUUGCCUAAUUACGGUGGAAUUAGAUUCUCAUAGUGAUAUCCGAGAACGGUAUUUACCGCAGUUAUUGUCAUCCAUUCUCACCACUAUGGCUGAAAAGAAUGUUGCUUCAAUAGACGGUCAACUACUUGUUCGACUCCUCAUUGUCGCAAAAGCAAUUCUAAAUGAAGUUAAUCAAAGUGCUGUUGUUAUGGAAGCUGGACUCGUUACACGAAAACGUGGCGAGGCAUAUGAAAUAGUACGUUACGAAGAACUUGAUUCAACGGAGAAACCAUCUACACAAGGGAGCGCAAUUAAAGAACAAUGGAGAGUAGAGAAUUGUUUAAGUAGCUGCCAACGACUUCUUGCACAGAUUUGUGAUUGGUAUUGCAAGGAACGAGAUAAAGAACGUUUGCAAGCAUUUUAUGCUAUUUCAACUUUGACACGUGAAUUUGCCGAUUUUCCUCUGUAUGAUUUGGAUACAGAGGAAAUUAGGAAUAUGGAAUAUCGUAAGAACCAUAUAUCAAAUAAUUAUCCAGUUUGGUUAAGGGCUUUAUUGAGCAUAUUAUCAUUGGACGAAUGGGAUGCUUCCGUGAAUUGUAAAGUAAAUUACCACACUGCUGAAAUUCGGAUAACCGAUAUGUUUGCUCGUGCAAAUGCUUUGGAUCUGAUAACUUAUGUCUAUGUUAGAAGUAUUUCGGUUGCUGAACAACAUGCUGCUAUGUUGCGACGACAAAAAAGGGAUAGUAAAGAAAGGACAACUAUUUUAUUGAAACCACUACUCUCUGAAGCGGACUUGAAACGUUUGGAUGAUGACGACAUUUUCAAGAAAGCUGCUAAAAUUCUUUGGUCAUAUUUGGAUCAAAGCGAUAAGGCGUAUUAUCAUUCGACGAUUGCUCGAUUGCUUUGUUUAUUUCAUUCACGAAAGCCCUCUGAACCGAGUAGCGAUGUCGAGGAUUUGAUCGUUAGCAAUCUUACAAGCACGAAUAGAGAACUAAGUUGCUCUGCUGCUAAAAAAUUUCGAACCUUAUGGAUGUUAAAUCGGCCUUCUGCAGCCGAGGAGCUCUACCUUGGAUUAUCAUCCAAACCAUUUAACAGAGUAGUUAUGCUUUUAUUGGGUUUUCUUUCUGAUGAUACAAUUGGUUACGAUAAAACGGAAUUGAAAAAUAUUUCGGGUUGUUGGUUCAAUGAUUGUGCUCAGCAUUCGGAUUUGCCAUAUAUUCUGCAGAUGUGGGCUACAAUGCUUCUGAACCCCAGCACUUCACGUGUUUCAAUUCAAUAUCUCAACAUGCAUCGUAGAUUGAAUAAGGAGAAGUUUCCAUAUAUACCACCUGGUAUUUGUGCUAUAACAUUGUUAACAGAUGGUGGUCAUCAAUCAUUACAUCAUUUGUGCGAAGAUGUUUCGGUAACAGGUUCAAAUGAAGCUAAACGACAUUUGGUUGAAGCUUCUACAGCGUUUCAAAGAUUAAGAAUCGGAGAAUAUCCAGCUUGGUUGACUGAGUUAAGAAAUCGUUUGUUGCAAGAAGGCGAUGAUAGUGGUACGAUGGAUUUGAAUGUUACGAGCGAAGCGCAAAAAACUCAUCGCAGGAAUGUAUCAGACAUACCAAUGUUUGAUGAUGAUAAUGAUUCUCUUGAAACUGCAUCACUCGAUUCCUUGGAUCAUGACGUAUUGGAAACACUACAGUAUAUCCUUGACUGUAUUUGUGCUCAAGAAGAAAGUGAAAUGGAAAUACAAGCUUGUUUUGCUGGUGAACGGUCGUGUUCACAUAUUGAAAUGACACUUAUUAGUGAUACACAUUAUACUCAGAGCGAAAUUAGCGAAAAGGAAAGAUUAUCCGGUGCAGAACACAAAACAGCAUCAGAAUCGCAGUCAGUUCCUGUGGUUUCGUCAUGGAAAUCUGUUGAGAAUGGUCCAUCGAUUUCUGAGAACUUAAAACGCUCCAGAGGUCAUCGAAGGCAAGAUUCAUUGCAAGAAAGUAUAUUUACGAUGUCUGCACAAGAACUAAAAUUAUUUGAUACAUCUGAAUUGCCUCGUCUGGAAGCAACUGGUGAUGAAGUGCAACCACUCUGCCACGAAUUACAUGCGCAUAUGUUGCUCUAUGCAGAAAGUGGACAGACGGUAGAUUUAGCGCGCUCUGAAAAAGUGUUCCGAAUGUUAAUUGCAUUGAUGCGGACGAAACUUAGUUUUCUAACUCCCAGGCUUAUUAUUAGUUGUAUGGUUUCAUCUGGAACUGCAUCGCUUUCGAAAUCUCCAUCAAGGGCUGCAUCUGGACAAUUAAUGGAUCUUGUGUCACGUCACAUUCGGUCCAUAUUAGGACAAGACUUUUGGGGUUCUGAUUCGGAUAAUGCAAGUGGAACGGAUACACUAAAAUACAAACAUUACACUUUCCUUGAACUCUUUAUGACUAUUUCUUUACAUUUCCUUCGAUCAUAUUUUGUCAAUUCUCCUACUGCCAACGUUUCUAGUUUUGAUUUACGCAAUGCUUGGAAAUGUAAGAUGGCAGUUCUGGAUUUUCUCACCGAGUUAGUGCGCGGAUUAAUAGCAAUAAUCCAAGAGAAUCAAUCUCGAGCUUUAACUGCUUACAUUCAUAGCUUGCUCCAACGUUCAAAGCUUCAGAAAUGCUUGUUGCAUUCUCUUUUAACUUCUGUUCAUAAUGUUCGACAACAUAAUAAUACCGAAAUUGUCCCACUGUCAGUAGAUAUAUUAGAAUUUAAUGAUAGCAGUGCAACAGCUAGCAACAGUUUUUGUGAUUUGAUUGUUGGUUAUCAAAGCUCAUUGCUGGAUUUAACUGCCACUGUAAUACAAUUGGAAUUGGUAAUCAAAAACGGAUUUCAGAAUUUCACUGAUCAGAAUAUCAGUGGUAGAGAUAAAUUAUCAAUAAAUCAUCAAAUUUAUAAUUCACCGCAGCAUCGUGCUACGCUUCGUGAACCAUAUAUUGGCAUGGUUGAAUUGCGUAUGUUCUUGUUAACUGUCUUGAAUGCUCUCAAGAAACACUCAGCUGAACAGGAGCAGUGGCUUACAUUUGUCGUGCGAAUACUACCAUUUCUCGAUAGAUCAUUGUCAACAUUUUCGGUGCAUAUUGUCGAGCAAUUGUGUAAGAAUCUAGAAUCUGCUGUAAAUAUCGCAUAUUUGCCUACUACCAGUGAUGAAAUGCACAAUGUUUCUUCAAUCAGCCGAGUUCGUACUCGCUAUUUAGGUGUCAGUCAGGAAAAGCCAACUUAUCCAACUAAUUAUGCUAUUGGAAUAUUGGAAACAUUGAAUAUGUUCUUUCAUUAUUGCCUUAUCGACAAUACAUCUCAAUCCAAUACUUUGACAUUGACCAAUGUCCAUCAGUCUUCACAGGUCGUAGCAGUAAGCAAUCCAUCGCUGGCAUCAUCAGUAAUGAAUGCUAUACCAGGUACACGUGGUGCUACAGAGCUUAUCUCCAAUCUCGUUAAAGUUUUCUCCUUUAGCGAUAGUACUAAUGUGUCAUCAAAUGCUGCACUCAGUAAAUUUACUGAGCUCACAGCCGAUGAUGUUUGGAAGCAAGCACGAUCUGAUAUACUUAACGCUUUUCCACAUACUCUUGCUACACUUUGUGAUGUUUGGACACAGUUGCGAAAAGGAGAACCAAAUCUCCCUAUUGGAAAUCCUACAAUAAUCCGACAAUUAAUUCUUGAUUUGCUUUCACCAAUAGUAGAACAUCAUCAGCAAUCAUUUUUAUCAUCACUUGCAUUGGUAUGGAUGACUCGAAGUUCAUUAACAUCACAGAAACAGCUUACUACACGUGUUGAAUCUGAUCAGUCGUCAUUUGAUUAUUCACCGGCACAGCUCGAUAUUGCUGAUCUCUUGCUGAGUAUCAAAAUUCUUCCAUUUGAAAAUCUUAUUUCUACGGUUGCUGAAGCACUGAAAGAAGGCGCAUGGAAAAUAGUAAAAUCAGGUGCAGUUCUUGAUAAGAAUUGGUUGCAACAAAGUGCUUUCCCAACUGAACUUGCGCUACUGGAAAUGCUUCAUGGUUGUGUUAGAGCUACAUCGUCUGCUGCUCUAUACAAUUGUUGGCCAUCAUUGCAAGCAUUGUUUGUGGAAUCACCAGUUAUGUCGCUACCACCGAAGGCUGUAUUCAUCCAAUUCAUUAUACUUGUGGAUUUCGUACAACUUAUUACAAGUUCAGCUGUCGUUGAAGAUAAGCAAUUGUCACGAGCUGCGCAGGAUGCAUGUCAGAAACUUACGGAAGCUAUGAAUAUUAUCGUUGGUUGGCAGUUGGAACAAACCACUUGGUUGAAGCGGACAUUAGUAGUCAAGCAUGAUUCAUCCACGCAAAAAUCGCAAGAAACAUCACCGGUGGUGGAGUUCGCCACUGCACCAACGUCAUUAGCCGCAUCGGAAAACAGUUCUUUACGUGGUUCCACGUCAUCUUUGGUGCCACCGAGGAUUCCCACAUUUGAUACAGCCACGCAGAUAUCAGUAUCAUCUCAGGGUGCUUCAAGCUCAGCAGCUGAUAGGCGGAGUAUAACAAACAUUCGAUCAAGUUUGAAAGAUCCCAAUAGUUUAAAACGCGAUCCAACACACAGUACUCAAGCUUUAUUUUUGCUUGCUGAGCAUUUAGCUGAAUUGAUUGAUUCGAUAUGCAAGAGUGAAGAUAAAGAGAGAUUAUUGCCAUUACUUCAUGCCGUUUGGAGCAAUACGUUGCCAUAUUUGAAAGCCAAGAAUGCUCGAAAUGCUCGAUUCUUCCUUGCUAGUUCACAACUGCUUGCAUCAAUGAGUACUUUUAACUAUAUGCGACCAGUAUGGCGUAAAGCUACAUUGGAUCUUCUGCUUGAUCCAGCUUUCUUUAAAAUGGAUAUGCAAUCACUGAAACAUUGGUUGGUUAUAACUGAUCAUUUGAUGACUCACGACAAAACAUCUUUCAAAGAGCUGCUUGGAAGGAUUUCAACAGCGCAAAACUCGGCACUUUCAAGUCUGAUAACAAGCAAAGAAGUUGAAUAUGAAAUGCGCGCCCAGGCACUCAAACGUUUGGCAUUUAUAAUACUAAGCUCAGAACUCGGCCAAUAUCAAGCUCAGUUACCUGACAUACAAGAGCGUUUAUCAGACAAUUUGCGUUUAUCACAAGUUCCGAUUGUUCAUGCCCAAGUGUUUCUUUGUUAUCGAGUCUUGCUUAUUAGGCAGAAACCACAACAUCUUGUCAGCAUAUGGCCUUCGAUGGUUACUGAACUGGUUCACGUAUUGUUACAAAUUGAGCAACAGUUAUCGGGUACAGCAAAUGUUUCGGAUGAUUUAAAAUGUGAUCGAAAUGAUCAGUGGAUGCAGCUUUAUCUAGCUGCAUGUAAACUACUUGAAACAUUAUGUACACUUCCCGCCGGUUAUUUGGCACAAUUUCAGAUGUGUCACUGGGCAUUUGUAAAUUCGGUGGCAACAAGUAAUAUCGAUUCAUUUGUGCCAUUCGCGAGUCGUAUAGAUCGUUUACUUCGUAAUAAAUAUGGUCAGCUAUCAGCUCAUGGUCGGAAGUUUAUGUCUGCUUCACUGGUUAAUGUUAAAACGCUGACAAGCUUUAGUGAAUUGCGUUCAUUCUUCUUGGCACUUGCAACCCAGAAUGAGAUGCGUGUUUUGACGAUGCAAUUUUCCUUUGACAAAGAGGAUCAAUUACGAGAUGCUCAUUUUCUGAAUGGUUCACUGUCUUACAAAGCUGCAAUUAACCGACUGGAACAUGCACUAUAUGUUGAUUUUGCAGAGCACUGGCAGUUAUAA